AUGUCUUGUUUCCACAACGAUUUCCCGCACCUUGCCUUCGAAGUUCUCAUUGAUGAUUGUGAGGAUGUCAGUGGGUCUCCAUCGAAGACAAUUAACCAUCAAUGUUUGGUUAUUGUUAGUCGCUUAAAAAAUAUUUUUGAGAAAUUCAAUAUCAAAAUCGACAUUUCUGACACCAAUAUCACCCGUAGGCUUUUUGAAGAAGACAAGUACCCAAGAUGGGUCUCUGGUGCAUAUCGUAAGUUAUUGGCUAAGGUUGACAAUGGAGCUAUCAAGCCUAAUGUGGUUGUGGCUAAAGAUGGUAGUGACCAAUUCAAGACCAUUGGUGCAACCCUUGCUACAUACCCCAAGAACUUCAAGGGUCGAUAUGUUAUAUAUGUCAAGGCUAGAAUCUACUACAAGUACAUUACUAUUGACAAGAAGACGGUGAAUGUGUUCAUGUAUGGUGAUGGAUCAAGGAAGACCAUUGUUACUAAAGACAAGUCUUCUAAGAACUUUUGCACCAUGCAAACUGCCACUUCCUUUGCUUUUGGAGACAGAUUUAUGACAAAGUCCAUGGGCUUUCAGAACACUGUAGAGCCUCAAGGAUACCAUGAUGUGGCUCUUCUUGUGCAAUCCGAUAGUUCUGUGUUCUUCAAAUGUAGAAUCAAUGGUUACCAAGACACAUUAUUCUAUCAAACUCAUAGACAAUUCUAUCAAAACUGUGUCAUCUCUGGCACUAUCGAUUUCUCUUGA